AUGAGAACUAGUUUAGGUCAACUGAGUUAUCGAAGGCUCUAUCACAAUACUUACCGUAUCUCUACACAGUCGAUGCUUUUGGACGUAUGUGGGCUGUCAAUGUUGGUGAUUGCCUAUGGUGCCUAUGCACUUGACGGCAUUGGUUUCCCUUUUCUUAAACUCAUGGCUGAGCUUUUCCGUGGUUUCGCUCAAAUGUUCUUCGUCUUCAUGGUUCUACUACUUGGAAGAGGACAAAACGUGACCAAAAUGAAGUUGUCAAAGAUUGACAACAUAUCGCUUUUCUGCCUUACUUCCUUCUUCAUCACUUCCUAUAUUGGAAUGCUCUUCUGGGAAAUCAAGGGAUUUGACCCGGCGCUUGUCUAUUUCCCAUCGGAGUCCAUUCCCGGUUAUAUGCUAGCCGGAUGGAGAAUAGUGGCAUGGAUUUUCUUCACUCUGAACUCAUAUCUCACACAAAGAGCUUAUCCAGCCAAAAGGAAAUUCUACUUCUCAUUUGUUGUGUUCUGGGCAGGUCCAAUUGUACUAUGUAUGGCGAACUAUGUUCUGGAUAACUGGGUGCGAGAAGGCGUGAUCAAUAUAGUGGAUAAUUGUGUCAUUUCCUAUGGCUACAUAGUAUUCCUGGCAAGUUAA